GUCGAUUACAUCUGUCAAUGUCAAGUUGAAAUGGUAGGUGCCGGCAAAGAUUUAUUGAAUUAUUUUUUCAUUUCAUGGUACCUAAUGCUUAAUUUAUUCUUGUAAUUAGAUUAAUUACGUGUUGUGUCGUUUUAAGAAUCAAAUACUGGUCUGAUAUUUUAUCACAGAAGAUGUUCCUCAAGGCACUCUGUGUUUUGGUGGUAUGCUUGAUUGGAGCAAGCAGAGGAAAUAUACUGCAAGGCACUAUUGAUACCAAUCGCUUGCAGUCAAUAUUACAAGAUGGAAUUAAAAGCAAGGACAUUACCUCACUUUAUUUUGCCAUCAAAGGUCUAAAGGAUCUUAAAGUUGCUGUGCCUGAUGUUUGUCAGGACAUUAAAACUGCUAAAUAUGACGGUAACAGCAUUGAGCAAGUCUUUUACCUUACAAAUGCAGCUGAACUAGCCGGCUGCCAAAAUUACUUGUCACCUGAUGUUUUAAAAACACCGGUGCAAGUGCUUGAUAAAAAAGAUGCUACAAUUCCUGAGAUCUACCAUGCGGUAUAUUCUCUGAAAGCUCUAGGAAAAGGCACAGUGUAUGACAAAGAAGACGGCCUCAAGAAUCUCAUUCAACUCUUAAAGAAGGAUGAUUCUCCUAUUAACUAUGGCUACGUAUUCGCCUUGUGUGAACACAUGGGCUGCGGUCCGUGGACUACGACGCACGCCGAGGGAGUGCUGCAGGCAGCCGACGAGACUGACUCCCGCGCGCUGAGCUUCGAUGGAGGUCUGCCGGCCACUUCGUUACUGCUCUCCACGAUCCUCAGAAGCUACAAGCGUCAACAGAAGCCGUCGCCGCUGACGGAAACACAGCGAUACAAGUUUGCUGAAUACCUGGUGUCUCGGCGCUCCGUCAGCAGCGCACGCGGUGCCGCCCUGCUGCUGGCCGCCGCCGCUGCGCUCGCAGACGACCAGCCAUCCCCGAUCAGCAUCGUAUUCAAAGGCAAGAAGUACAUCACCUCCGAAUCGGAUAGCGUGGAGUUCUCCAUCACAGACUUGCUCGGACAGCCGCUGCGCAAUUUGAAACCCGACGAAGUAGUCGCACAGUCCGGCACGCGGUUAGCGGACGACGUCGUAGUUCUCUCCAAACAAGUGCUCAAGCAGAAAGCCGGCGAGCCGACCACUUUCGUCCUUAACUUGAGCAAGAUUAAGGCUCAAUAUGGCUUGUACAAGAUUGCGCUGAGUGCUGGCAGCAAGACUACUAAUGUGAACGUGGCUGUACUGGGCGAGAUUCAGGUUUCCAGCGUGGAAGUGGGCGUGGGAGACGUUGACGGUACCACCAGCCCUCGCGUCACCACCGUUGCUUACCCUGGAAAGUUACCCGAGAAAUUGCAAGCCGAUCACAUGCAAAAGGUGACAUUGAAGUUCUCCGUCCGCGAUAAAUAUAACAAGCCGGUGUCAGUGGCGCAGGCGUUUGUGCGCGUGGGCACGGCCGAAUCGGAAGCCAUUUUUGUGGCCGAACACGAUAGCAGCAAGGCGUAUAAAGUUGAUCUGAACGUGGGUGCGAUCGCGAAGCAUCUAAACCACCUAUCCGGCACUUACUCGGUGGAGAUCUACCUGGGCGACAGCGCUGUCUCCAACCCCAUCGCCUGGCAACUGGGAGAGGUCGUCUUCAACUUCGGCAAGGACGCCAAUGCUGUCGGCGAAGUGGUGCGUUCGUCGAGCCGCGUGUCCCGCGUCGCCCUGCCGGACAUGUCGCACGAGUUCCGCGCGCCCGAGCCCCGCCCUCCGCGCCUCGUGUCCGACGUGUUCGCCGCCCUCUGCGCCGCGCCGCUGCUGCUGCUGCUGCUGCUGUGGGCCCGCCUGCGCGUCAACUGCGGCCUGCUGCCCGCGUCGCUGAGCGCGCUGCUGUUCCACGCCUCACUCGGUGCCUCCCUCGCGCUGUACGGCGUAGUAUGGCUGCAGCUGACGAUGUUCUCGGCGGCGCGCUACAUGGUGCCGUUGGGCGCUCUCACAUUCCUCUCCGGCCACCGCCUGCUCCGCCGCCUCGUACGAGACAAAGCCACGCCGCGUUAGAACCCGCGCGCUAUAUGAGGAGCUGGCGAACAAAACGGUAUAAUUACGCAUUUGGUUAAACUACUUUCAUUUUACAGUCCGGAGGUUUUGGGCUCGCUGAAUUUGAAUUUCAACUCAUUUUCAAUCGAAACCGCCUAAACAGUGUUAAAAUUACU